AUGGCUAAUUCAACUGCUAAUAAGCCAGUUGAAUGCUUAGGCAAUGAGAAUAAAUCUUUCUAUGUACUGUUUGGUCAAUACUGGGGUGUUCGAAUUCCUUCGAUAAAUUUGUUUCAGAUAGCAUUAGUUUGCAGAUCUAACAUAACACAAGCUGAGCCGUUAGAUAGCAAAACUGUUUGUAAGCCGAGUGUCUCACGGCCUAUCAGAGCUG